AUGUUGCCCAACAUUCUAUUUCUUGCUCUUGUUUGGUCGACUCAAACUCUUCUCGUCUCAGGACGCUCCGCGUUCCUUCGUACCCGCAGCCUGCCCGGGUCUUCCGGAUACGACACAUGGAAAGCCAUGCGAAGAGCCUUUGCCGGCUCUGGUUUGCACCAAAGAGACACUACGGAGAAGAGCAUAUCCUUGGAUAAAAGUUGGGAAGAUGCUACACUCCUUGCCUUUACAAUCGAGCAAAAUGUGGGCUCAAAUUCUUCAGUUUCAGCAGGCAUCGAAAUUACUUGUGCGACAUGCUACACCAAAGGAACUGCCACAACAAAGUUCAUUUAUGACGGCGACUUCAAUAUUAGCAACGCAUUCGAAAAUUUCACUAACCAGGUCGAGAGCGAAGUCCGUAGCCUGGCGACCCAAGUAACCGAUUACGUGGAGGAAUAUGUUGACGGGGUGGUAACGAAGCUGGAUGAUGGAGUGGACUUGGACGAUUUCGAUCUACCACCAAUGGAUGUCAACUUCAACAUUGACCUUCCGGAAAUCCCAGAGUUCCGGCUCCAGUUCCAGUUUGAUGGUUUGGAAAUGUACAUGCUGAUCGACACGGUUCUUUCGGCCGGGGCCACCUAUACCCUCAAUCUGUACACCUCCACUACACCUGUGGGCUUUGCGGUUAGCGACAACCUGGAAGUGGGUGUCAUCUUCACCAUUGACCUCAUCCUGUCCGUGGAAGGGGAGAUCAAUAUCAGCAGUGGGUUCCAUCUCAGGCUGGAUGAUGGCGUUGUGUUUGAGCUCGGCAUCUUCUCUGAGGAGAUUGCGAGUAUAGCCCACAAUGGUGGCGAGUUCGAGUUUCUACCAGUCACGGUCGAGAGCGCCGGUGUCGUGUUCAAGGCUAUCCUAUGUGUAGGGGUACAGGUAGGCUUUGAGGUAGGAUCAAACGACUUGACUAUUCUUGGAAAGGGCGUGGCAAAGGUUGGUGCGGGCGUUGAAAUGGGUCUAUAUGCCAAUAUCGCCGAGUUCAUCACUAAUGUCACCCUUUCCAUGGACGAAGACGACGACUGCCGCCUUCAUGUUGAGGAAGGAUAUCAGCUAGCUGUUGGGCUUGCAGGAGGAGCUUCGGUUGCCAUUCAGAACGCCACUUGGGGGCCAGUGCUCGAAACUGAGACUCCCAUCUUCUACACCACGUUGGCAGAGGUUUGUGCAAUCCAACGAAGUCGCAGCACACCUUCGGCCGCUGAAGCUAUCAUAACAUCCGCCGCACUUGAAGCUAGAGAUGAAGACGAAGAUCAAUCUAGCAUGGAGACGACAACGAUUUCUACCAAGGAGACCUUUGUCGUUGUCGCGUGUCUAGAAGACCUAACCAAUUGCCCGGUGUCGCUUCAGAAAACGUCCAAGUACACGACUACCCGAACCCAUGUUACAGUUAUUCCGACCGACAGCGAAGCCAAGUUUCCCGACUCGGUUCGUAAUACUGUCGCAAGCGUGAUCCCAUUCGGAGAUGGUGCGAACAAGUUGGCCGCAACCUCAGGUGCUCCAAAGUCUUUCGUCCCAUCUUCGACUGAAACUGGCGCACCCGAUGACGACGUUGGCAUCUCGAACCAAAAUACUGGCGGAGUAUCCAAUAGCGUCAUUAUAGGCGUGAGUGUGGGGCUUGGAGUGCCUCUUCUGUUGGGAGGUUUUGCUACCGUUUUCUUUUUGAGAAAGAAGAGACUAUCUGCUCGUGCAACAUUGGCGGCCCCUGUUGAGACUGUUGAGCCUGCGUUGCCAAGCGUAAAGGCUACAGGCCCUUCUGUAGUCGAGCAGAGAGUUCCUCAAUAG